GGGGCGGGGCUCGCCGGCGCGUCCGGGAGAGGCGGACUGGGGGCCGGCGGGUGGCCGGGUAUGGACCGCUACGCGGGCGCCGGGGAUGAGGCUGCGGACCGGGCCCGGCAGCAGGAGCGGCACUACCAGCUGCUGUCAGCGCUGCAGAGCCUGGUCAAGGAACUGCCCAGCUCCUUUCAGCAGCGCCUGUCCUACACCACGCUCAGCGACUUGGCCCUGGCGCUGCUCGACGGCACUGUGUUCGAGAUCGUGCAGGGGCUUCUGGAGAUCCAGCACCUCACCGAGAAGAGCCUGUAUAACCAGCGGCUGCGGCUGCAGAACGAACACCGAGUGCUCAGGCAGGCUCUGAGGCAGAAGCAUCUGGAAGCCCAGCAGACCUGCCGGCCCCACAACUUGCCAGUACUCCAGGCAGCUCAGCAGCGCGAGCUGGAGCCCCGGCAGGAGCCACCCUCACUCAAGCCAUGGCAGGCCAUGGAGCAUCGAAUCCGGGAGGAGCAGCAGGCCAUGGACCGCAAGAUUGUCCUGGAACUGGACCGGAAGGUUGCUGACCAGCAGAGCACACUGGAGAAGGCAGGGGUAGCUGGUUUCUACGUGACCACGAAUCCUCAGGAGCUGACGCUGCAGAUGAACCUGUUGGAACUCAUCAGGAAGCUACAGCAGAGAGACUGCCAGGUGGGGAAGGCAGCCCUGUGACCAGGAGGGCCCUGCUGUCCUCCACUGCCUGGGAUGGCUGGUAACAGGUGUAUCUUUGUGAUUAGAUGCUGACUGCACCUGCUGCUGUCCUCGGUCCAGAUUUGGGGGAGGGGUCCAAGCAACAGGAAUGGUAUCUGGAGAAGGUCCCAUGACUGAACAUUGAGUAGGGUGUGGGUUCUAGUGCCUCCCCUCUGGGCACACCCACAUUCCCUCCAGGCUUGGCUUCUGCUUGUUCUGGAGUGGCCCCAGCUUGACAGCCCCAGCUCUGGGUAGAAGAAGCUCCAGAACCCAAGCCCUGUGUGGCCUAGAAAAAUAAAGACUCCAGCACAUGGUUUGUGUCUGUGCUAGCAAGGAUCCUCUCCUAGUGACUCUUGCCAUGCCGGAGCCAGCAGAGAGGCAGAGACCAUGGGCAGUGGCCUUCCGAGAUACCCAGUCAAGCCCUUAUAUGCCUCUCAUUGUCAAGAACCCACCUCCGAACUGCUGAGGAAAACUGGAGAGCUUAGCAGGAGGUGGGGGACCUGCCGCAGAGCCAGCUAGGGUUGAGUUUCUGGAGUGAAGGGCGCAGAGGGCCAGGAGGCGAGGGGAGCUGGGCCUUGCAUCUGUGUGCUGCCUGCCCUCAGCCACAGCCUGGAAUGCAAGCGGCUGGCUAGGUGUCACUGCAGCCAGACACAUGUCCCUCCCCAGUGUCUGGAUUGGAGUGGCCUCUGGAACUCCAGGGAAUAUUCCAUCCAGGCCAGCCCCUCUGCUGCUCAGAGCUGACUUCAUGUGCAGGCACUAACAGAAAGGCGAUGGUUCUCAGUACAGCAUGAUUUAUUGACUAAACAGGCUUCUGCCCUCCGCCCACCACGGGGUCUUGGAAGGUGGGUUAGACCCUGGCAGGUAUUCUGGACUGGGGCUCUGCAGCCUGCGGAGGUGAUGAGUGCCCACUGGGAAUAGUGGGUCAGCUCCCAGUGACUCUGGCCAACCCCAUACCUGAGUGUCUGCCCCUGGAGGUGCAGGAUGUCCCGGGGGCAGCCCCCACCUCAGCACCUCAAAGACUUGGAUCUAAGAAGGUGAACCCUGUUGGGGUAGGUUAGGCUAAGGAAUCCCAGCCCACCCAAAGCUGUGCCCUGCCUGAGGCCCCAGAGCUAACAGGUUGAGUGGAGUAGGUGUGGGCAUGGUUCCUGCGGUGACUAGGCCGGGUGGUGGAAGAGGUUGCCAGUGCGCAGGCGCCUGCGGAGCUCCUGCCAGAGCAGCUGCCUCUCUCGCUGGGCCCUUGUCAUGAUGCUGCUGUUCUCCAGGGCACGGCGGGACAGGUAGGGCAGCACCUCCAUCACAGGACCGUAGGGUACAUAUUUGUACACGGGAAAUCCUGCCUGGCCUGCACACACACAGCUAUGAAGGCCCACGCUCACGGUGUGCCUCCCGCCCCCCUGCACACACCCAGGACAACCCAGCUCACCUAGUGGGAAGCUAAUUUGGUCGCACAUCCCCAGCAGCUGUCCGAAGCUCACCUGGCCAUCAUCAGGAUGCAGGCCUAACUCCUCCAUCCUGGAAGGGGCCGUGCUGGUGAGGACCCACCCCAGGACACAGGCACCCUGAUGUAGCUCUGAGCCCCUCUUCACCCACAUUCCAGCCUGUCUCCAGUGGGCUGGGGCAGGGACCCGGGAGAGCCAGGGCAACUUGCUUUUCCCAUCCCACUGCCUCCGACCCCUUCUCCACCUCCAGUGCCCCUAUAGUGCUCUGAGCCUUGGCUCUAGUGACGGGCACGUCAUUCUCCCUUGCUGGCCGCACAGCUCUCGUUUGGUCUGAAUGGAAAGCAGAGAUGUACUAUGGCUAUCACAUGCUAUCAACACGUUGACUCAAAAAAUAAAAUCAUUUGUAACUUGCCUACUAGAAAAUCCA